CGUCCACUUGGAGGGGCGUAGGGUUUCCUUGAGGACCUUGUUGGGGUUUGGAACAGUCAAGAGUCUCAAAUCGGCACAAGAAACAUCCAGCCAUGUCGGACGCGGUGAUUAGUUUUAUGAAGGAUUUUUUGGCAGGUGGUAUUGCCGCUGCCAUCUCCAAAACAGCCGUCGCUCCCAUUGAGAGAGUCAAGUUGUUGCUGCAGGUCCAGCAUGCCAGCAAACAGAUCACCGCAGAUAUGCAGUACAAGGGAAUCAUUGACUGUGUGGUCAGGAUCCCAAAGGAGCAGGGCUUCCUUUCCUUCUGGAGAGGCAACCUAGCCAACGUCAUCCGUUACUUCCCCACCCAAGCCCUUAACUUUGCCUUCAAAGACAAGUACAAGAAGAUCUUCCUCGGUGGCGUGGAUCAAAAAACACAGUUCUGGCGCUACUUCGCUGGUAACCUGGCAUCUGGCGGUGCCGCAGGUGCGACAUCACUCUGCUUCGUCUAUCCUCUCGACUUCGCCAGAACAAGGUUGGCUGCCGACAUCGGUAAAGGCGCUGCUGAGAGAGAGUUCACCGGUCUUGGAAACUGUAUCACCAAGAUCUUCAAAACCGAUGGCAUCAAGGGUCUUUACCUCGGAUUCAACGUGUCAGUGCAGGGUAUUAUCAUCUACAGAGCGGCCUACUUCGGAUGCUUCGACACAGCUAAAGGAAUGCUGCCAGAUCCCAAGAACACGCACAUCGUCGUCAGCUGGAUGAUCGCCCAGACUGUGACCGCUGCUGCUGGUCUCAUUUCAUACCCCUUCGACACAGUCAGACGUCGUAUGAUGAUGCAGUCUGGACGCAAAGGAGCUGACAUCAUGUACAAGGGCACAAUCGACUGCUGGAGGAAGAUCCUCAAGGACGAGGGAUCAAAAGCCUUCUUCAAAGGUGCUUGGUCCAACGUGAUCAGAGGCAUGGGUGGUGCCUUUGUGUUGGUGCUGUACGACGAGAUCAAGAAGUUCACUGUCUAAUCUCCCAGUCCCCAAGGAAACCCUUCCCUUUAUUAAGUCUUAUUUCUUGUAAUACGGUGAUAACAGCUUGGUGAAUUACAAUGUGGACAUGUACUACUCCUCUGCGACAGCCCGGGGGAAGGUGGGUAGGCGUAUUUGGCCUGGGUACACUCGACCUAGGUUAACGUGCCUCCUCAGAAAGGUGUAUAUAUCCCAUCCACAACGUGCCAAAAGGCAAUCUUUCAGUAUGCCAAAGUCAAGCCAGUGGAGAUGUUGUGAUGCCGCAGACGUCACUACAGGCCAUAGGCUCCUCAUGUUAGUUUGUGAAGCAGUUCCUGAGGCCCAUGUGUUAUGUUGUGACCACUCUGACCCUUGUAUCCCACCUCAUACAUUAUUUUAUUAAGAAUAAAGAUAUAUUAGUCUAA